UCAAGCAUGCCCAGAAAGAGCUUGAGAUAUCGGGUACAGUGAGCCUCGGUUUGGGAGUCCUGGACAAGAAAUUGGAAAACACUUUGUUUGUGUAUAACUUAAAACCACAGAAGGCAAUCGUUAACAAUCCUAGGGAUCAGGAUCCACAGUGACCCAAAUUCAAAAGACUUCAGCCUUGAUUAUAAACCAAGGACUGCUUUGGCUGCUAUCAGAUCUCCUGCGUUGGACAUUCCUGUCCUGUUUCUUCCCUUAGUCAUGGAGACACAGCAACCCAAGACCAUGGAGGAUCCCAAAAACAGACACAAAGAUGCCUGCAAAGCAGGUCCUGCUGUGGAUGCAGAACUAGCCAGCGCCAUAAUGGCACGGCAGUUUCACCCGCCUGUUACUGGUCCCGAGGUCUGGGAGGGAUACGUCUUUUCUGGUCUGGAGAUCCUCAUCAAAGAGUCCACAGACCUCUAUGGAGCUGUGCUCUGGCCCUCAGCCAUGGUGCUCUGCCACUUCUUGGAGAACAACCAAGACAAAUACAACCUGCUGGACAAAAAUGUGAUCGAACUGGGAGCUGGAACUGGGCUUGUCACCAUCGUGUCCAGCCUGUUAGGUGCUAAGGUGACCUCCACUGACCUACCUGAUGUGUUAGGGAAUCUCCAGUACAAUGUGACGCGUAACACCAAGGGCCGGUGCAAGUACACCCCUCUAGUCACUGAGCUGAUCUGGGGUCAGGAGUUGGAUCAGCGUUUCCCAUGUGCCACUCAUCGCUUUGACUACAUCCUGGCAGCUGAUGUGGUGUACGCCCACCCUUACCUGCAGGAGCUGAUGGACACCUUUGAAUACCUGUGCCAGGAAAACACUCAGAUCUUGUGGGCUAUGCGUUUUCGCCUGGAUCCGGAGAACAGCUUCGUGGAUCGCUUCCGGCAGCGUUUUCACUUAGAGGAGCUGUACGACCUUCCCAGUCUGAGUAUCAAGCUGUACCGGGCCUGGAGGAGGGACGGCACGACCAAGGACCUCAGAGAGGCUGCUAAACACCUCAGUCCGAGGUCUCUGAGAUGCAUUCGGGUUGCACCUGAGAUCUUUCUCAAAUUUGAAGCUUGCAAAAGAGCAUUUUAUAUGGAUACUUUGUCCACACCCUCUGUGGAAGAAACCAUGUAUAUGGGAAGUGAAGAAGAAGAAGAAGAAGAAGAUGAGGAGACAAAUGGAAGUGAAGAGGAGGAUAAAGAUGAUUCGCAAACAGAUCAGUCAUCUGUUGGGAAGCAGCAGAGACCAGCCUGGGCUCCAUGUUUCUUCUACAGAGGUGGGAAAGAGGUGUACAACUAUGUCGGCCAAGAGAUCAUCAUUCAAGAGGCUCUGGACUCGUAUGCUGGCAUGAUAUGGCCAGCAGGGUUGGCUCUCUGUCAUUACCUGGACACUCAUCGAGAACAGAUCAAUCUCGUGGAUAAAGCAGUCCUGGAGAUCGGAGCAGGAACCGGCCUUGUGUCUGUCGUAGCAGCACUCCUUGGUGGCUGGGUCACAGCCACAGACCUACCAGAGGUCCUGAACAACCUGAGGGUCAAUUUGUGCAGGAAUACCAGGGGCCACUGCAGACACACACCUCAGGUAGCAACUUUGUCAUGGGGCUAUGACCUGGAGCGCACUUACCCAUCAUCGGUCUACCGCUACGACUACGUGCUAGCAGCUGAUGUGGUCUACCAUCAUGACUUCCUGGAUGAGCUCCUGGUCACCAUGAAGCAUUUCUGCAAACCAGGAACAACUCUAAUCUGGGCCAACAAGGUCAGGUUUGAGUCUGACUUGACUUUCACUGAGAACUUUAAAAAGGCCUUUAAAACAAGCUUAUUGGCCGAGGAUGGAGAGAUGAAGAUCUUCAUGGCAACAAGUAGAGAAGGAGAGGAAUGUUUUAGUGAUGUCGUGCUGGAAGAUCCGCUGAGACAGAAGGAGGGGAAAGAAAGGAAGGAGGUUGAAGAUAAAGAUAAAAAGGGGAAAGAAAAGCUUGUGGAGCAAAAAUGCAAUGAGGAUGACUUGAACGAUCAUGAAAAAAUAAGUUAUGAUGAAUUACCAGAAGAAACCAACGUGCUGGAGGAUGAAAUAGAAAAUGAAAAGGAAGACAAUACUGAGUGUGAAGAAGAGGAGAACACGGUGGAGGCCCUCGCAGAUGAGAAGGCUCAACCAGAGGACACAGAUUCAAGUACUGAAGAUAUAACAGGACAGGAGAUUAAGAAAGAGACCGCUCUAAAAGAGAACUGGAUCCCCAGCAUCGUCUGCAGCAUUGCUAAAGAUAUCUAUCAUUAUGUAGGGGAGGAUAUCGUUAUUUAUGAAUCCAUAGACUCUUUUGGAGCAAUGAUGUGGCCAGCGGCGUUGGCUUUGUGCUCCUUCCUGGAAAACAACAGGCACAUGGUGAACCUGAAGGGGAAGGAAGUGCUGGAGCUGGGAUCAGGGACAGGACUAGUAACCAUUGUGGCCAGUCUGCUGGGAGCUUCGGUCACAGCCACAGAUUUGCCAGAGAUUUUAGGGAAUCUCCGGGCUAACGUGAUAAGGAACACCAGAAACCGCUGCAGACACACGCCUCAGGUGGUUGCUCUGCCAUGGAGCUACGACCUGGAACGCACCCACCCAUCAUCGGUCUACCACUACGACUACAUACUGGCAGCUGAUGUGGUCUACCAUCACAACUUCCUGGAUGAGCUCCUGGUCACCAUGAAGCAUUUCUGCAAACCGGGAACAACUCUAAUCUGGGCCAACAAGGUCAGGUUUGAGUCUGACUUGACUUUUACUGAGAACUUUAAAAAGGCCUUUAACACAAGCUUAUUGGCUGAGGAUGGAGAGAUGAAGAUCUUCAUGGCAACAAGUAGAGACUGAAAGGCCAAAGAGGUGUGGAUAGAUUUCCUGAGACACUCCCAUGAGAUAAGCCAUUGAAGUGUACGAAUUGCCAGCAAUUCAAAUGGCUCCAUUGAAAUGAUCCAGUGUUUACUAAUGCUGCUAUGAGCUUGAACUAAAAUUUGUUACCUGCUGUUUUAUACAUGUUGGUGGGGGAUAAAAGAAAAAUCUGAGGAGAUGAGUGUGAGUUUGGAUCUGCUGUGGCAGUGACGUUUGCUAAACAAAUAUUCAGAUACCAAAUCCAAGGCUGCUGAAAAUGUGAUCAGUUUUGAAAAUCAUCUGCCUUCUAUGGUGCAGUCACUUUCUAGACACAUUAGACACUUUCUUGAGGGUACGUGUUACACUGGUUGACAAUAACCAUCAUAUAGGAAAAUUUUCUAUAUCAUGCUGAUAACACACAUCCUGUACACUUUUGUAGAGUUAUAUUACAUCCUCAAACACUCUAUACUCAUAUUUUGUAAUUAAUACUUAAAUAGAGUCAAUACACACUUACCUACCACUUUAUUACUGGGUUGGACCCACUUUUUUUUUUUCUUCAGAACUGCUUUAAUUCUUCAUGGGAUAGAUUUAAACAUCUCUCAGAGAUUUUGUUCCAUGUUAACAACAACUUCUCUUUGAUCACUUGAGCUUUGGGACAUUGUGGAUUAUCCCGAUAGAAGUUAACAUCAGAAGACAGGUGCACUGUGGUCAUAAAGAGUCAAUACUUAAGUUGUGCUGUUAAAAAUAUCCUCCACACCAUUACACCACCACCACCACUAGCUUAAACCAUUGAUCCAAAGUAGGAUUCAUGUUUUCAUGUUGUUUACAUCUCAUUUUGACCCUAAACAUCACAGCAGAAAUCCAGACGUUUUUA